UAUUAGGAACUUUUGGAGACUUGUGUUCAGUAUCCUUUAGAGCUUGUACUGAAGGAGCCAAACCAAUAGAACAGUGCCCUCAUACUGCUAAAUACUGAAAAGAACUUGGAAGAAAUGGCUGCACUUAAAAUAGUUCUUUGGAUUCUACUCAGCUUGUCCCAUACUUUGGCAGAGGAUUAUGAAGAUUUACAAUAUAUUCAUGGAAUGGAAAACACAAUCUCUGUUUUACCAGAUGGUUCCUGUAAAUGCCAGAAAGAACUCACUAAAUGGGAUAAGCUAUUUGUAAUGCUGGAGGAUUCCCAAAUGAAACAGAACAUCCUACAACAAUCCAUUGGAGAAGUGUGUGAGACAGAGUUGCAAAGUAUACGUUCAGAAAUGCAUCAAUUCAUAGCUAAUUUUGCAGGGACUUCCACAAAUGCCAUAGAUAAUGCAAUUUUGCGUAUUACAACAGAAAUGGACAAGAAAUUGGCAUACACAUUGAAAGAAGUCAGCGAAACCAAUGUAGAGAUUGAGUCAGAGAAGAAAGAUAUACUUCAUCAGCUUUUGUUGGUGAGUCAGGAUCUGUCCAACAGACUCAAAAAGCUAGAGAUGACUUGGCAAAAGGCAGUGGACAUAAAGGAUCAACGGCUGUCACUUGAUAUCAAGAGGAGAGUUCCUGUAAAGUUGGACACCACUCUGAAUUUCUUGGCAACUGAACAGCGACAAUCUAAAACUGAACUGACAGGAUGUCCAAAUUGGUCAGCUAAACACGUCUUACCAUCAGGUUGUGAUAUGGCACUAAUCUUCCCUAUGCGCUCAAAGAAGAUUUAUGCAAGUGUUCAUGCUGAUGAUAUGAGUCUAAGCUCAUUUACAGCUUGCAUAUGGAUAAAAGCUACUCAUCUUUUGGACAAAACAAUUGUGUUCUCCUAUGGAACAAAGAGAAAUCCCUAUCAAAUUCAGCUAUACUUCAAUCAGUCCUCUGCUGUGUUCUCUGUGCACAGUGACACAAGUAAAACUGUUGCUGACGAUGUUGUCUCCCUUGGUGAGUGGGCACACUUCUGUACAACAUGGAGUGCUGAAGAUGGAAAUGCAACACUUUGGGUGAAUGGAAAACUUGCAGCUGCUUCUUCAGGAAUAGCUGUUGGCUACAAUAUCCCAAAUGGAGGGCUACUGCAACUGGGUCAAGAAAGCAAUGGUUGCUGCACUGGAGGCGGCUUUGACAAAAGCUUAGCCUUUACAGGAAAGUUGACUGGGUUCAAUAUCUGGGACAGAAUCAUUUCCAAACAUGAAAUACAAGCCUUGACAAGUAGGGAUGAUUCAUGUAGCAUUGGAGGGAAUGUUGUUGGCUGGAGUGUCACAGAAAUUCUGCCACAUGGAGGAGCUGAAUUUAUUUACUAUUAAUUGAAAUUGAUUUUUAUUCCAAAUUAACAUGCUCAAAAAAUGGAUUCCAAAUUGUUAACACUAAUUCUAUGAUGUUUAAUCAAACCAAAAAAAAAACAGAUUUAUAUUACAAAGUCCUCUAGAGUGAACUCCAGGGUGAACUUUGUAAUAAAAAUCGCCAACAUUAGCAUGCUUGGAUGGAAAUUUCAAUCACCUAUUUACAAUGGCAUUAAGACAUCUAUGCCAGUCUGUUAUCAUUGAUUCGAUUUGCUUCAUAAUUCUUGCUUAUAUGCAUCAAUAGCGAUGAUACAAUAUUGUCAUCCCUAAAACCUGGACACCUGGGUUUUAAGAUCCGAUAUUUAUGACGCUUAAAAAAAAAGUUUCUUCUUGAUACCCGGAGAAGUGUGAAGAGACUCACUUGAGGAACAAGGACAAAUACAGUUUUCAUAAAAUUUAAAUGAAAAACUACAUUGAGACAGUUAACAUGCUCAAAUUCUUCUUCUUUACAAUGUUGAUUUAACUGUAAUGCAAGUGUGUGUAUGGUUACAUUCAUUUAAUGACAAAUAAUUGGAUAGCAAGACAUAUUAAAGGAAGAACCAUUCUAUAAAGGAAGGAUAUUGCUCAACAGAUGCUAAACAUGCAAGACAUAAUAACUUUCUAAACUAAGUUACAUUGCUUUACUAUCAUACCAAUUCUGUAUUAUACAGUAAAAGUCCUCUGAUAUCAGUCAUCUAAUUAUUCUAUCAUAAAGAGUCUAAUUUUAUAAUAAACUGCUGUUAAACAAUA